AUGGCAACAAAUGUUACCCGUUUCAGUGUUAGAUGUAGUAUAUGUAAUGACGUAUUUAACAAUGAUUACGCUGCCCGCCACACGAAGUCCAAGCACAAAGAUUUGGCUGCAAUGGGAAGGACUGCUCCUACGACGGCAAUAGUUGAAACGGACUCGCAGCAGAGAAAAAUAAAAACAUUUUUUCAAUCAAAAGGCGGUACUUUUCCAAAGAAACGAAAGGUUAAUGAUUUUGAAACUGAAAGAACAACAGAAGACCCCGAAGAACAAGAAGUUGAAAUUUCGAAAAUUCAAGACGAAGAGCAAAUCGAACGUGCUGAACAGGAACAUGGUAACUUGGAAUCAGAGAUUGAUGAUUUCAAGACAGAAUGUGAGAAGGGAAACGAGGACAAGGCUACUUGUGACUCUUACAAUGAGUGGUUAUCCUGGAAAGAAGCUCACGAGAGUCAACUCAACAAAAUCUCCAACGAACACUCAAACGUCCGUUUCAAACGCGAAGCUGAACAGGAACAUGGUAACUUGGAAUCAGAGAUUGAUGAUUUCAAGACAGAGUGUGAGAAGGGAAACGAGGACAAGGCUACUUGUGACUCUUACAAUGAGUGGUUAUCCUGGAAAGAAGCUCACGAGAGUCAACUCAACAAAAUCUCCAACGAACACUCAAACGUCCGUUUCAAACGCGAAGCUGAACAGGAACAUGGUAACUUGGAAUCAGAGAUCGAUGAUUUCAAGACAGAGUGUGAGAAGGGAAACGAGGACAAGGCUACUUGUGACUCUUACAAUGAUUGGUUAUCCUGGAAAGAAGCUCACGAGAGUCAACUCAACAAAAUCUCCAACGAACACUCAAACGUCCGUUUCAAACACGAAGCUGAACAGGAACAUGGUAACUUGGAAUCAGAGAUCGAUGAUUUCAAGACAGAGUGUGAGAAGGGAAACGAGGACAAGGCUACUUGUGACUCUUACAAUGAGUGGUUAUCCUGGAAAGAAGCUCACGAGAGUCAACUCAACAAAAUCUCUAACGAACACUCAAACGUCCGUUUCAAACGCGAAGCUGAACAGGAACAUGGUAACUUGGAAUCAGAGAUCGAUGAUUUCAAGACAGAGUGUGAGAAGGGAAAUGAGGACAAGGCUUCUUGUGAUUCUUACAAUGAGUGGUUAUCCUGGAAAGAAGCUCACGAGAGUCAACUCAACAAAAUCUCCAACGAACACUCAAACCUCCGUUCCAAACGUGAAGUUGAAAAAGAACCUGGAAUGAAGAAAGUAGAUUAUGAAUCCAGUCUUGAGAUCUCAGAUUUCAAAAAGGCUUGCGAAGAAGGAACAGAAGACAAAGAUACCUGUGAUUCCUUCUAUAAUCUAAUGAAAGAGAAAGAAGAGGAAAAGAAGAUACUUCGUCGCAAACGCGAUGCAAAGAAAUUGAUAGAAACAGAAGAGAAUGAAGAAGAAUAUAAAUCACAUCUUGAGAUCUCAGAUUUCGAAAAGGCUUGUAAAGAAGGGACAGAAGACAAAGAAACAUGUGACUCGUUUCACGAUCUAAUGAAAGUGAAAGACGAAGAAAUAAACGUGAUCCGUCGCAAACGUAAUAUAAAAAACACUGAGGAGAGUAGCAUCUCGAACUUUAAAAAAGAUUGUGACGAUGGAAAAGAGGAUCAGGAAACCUGUGAUUCUUACUUCAAGUGGAUAGAAUGGAAAGAAAACCAUGAUUUAUUUUUAAAAAGGAACAACGAGAAUGAGUCUGAUGAUCAUUUAAAUAACAGAGUAGGCAAAGCAGCAGGAAAAGACAAACAGUUUUUCGAUUCUCAUGAAAAUGAUUAUCGAAUUGGAAAUUUAGAAAAAAGUGAUCAAGACGACAGUGAGUUGAGGAAAUUAGAUGCAAAGAUCAGAGCUGACCUCGAGGAAGAUGAUGCUUAUUUUGCAAAGAUUUCAAAAGGACGCUCGUCUGAAAGUUAUUCCCCUGCCGAUAGAUCAAGCACGUUUCAAAAAAACUCCAGUGGACUGAAACGUAGAACUACACCCAUUCUUGAUAGAUUUGAAGCUGAGUUUGAUGAGGCAAAUGACGGAAAUGGGCUCAACAACAUGGGAGCAACAAAUUACGUUGUUGAAACGAUAGGCGGAGGCAACAAACCAGUUGUACUUCCAAGAAAGGAUGCAGAAAGGAUUAUGGACGUCCCAGAGCCGACUCCUAAAAGACAACGGAGGACUGUCGCUGAAGUGCUUUAUAGAGUCUUGUCACAGAAAAAGGCCUCUCAGAAACGAAGAUCAUUUUAA